GCAACCAAAAUUGUCUGUUACUUCACCAAUUGGAGCCAGUACCGUCCUGGGAUUGCCCACUACAUGCCCGAGAAUGUGGACCCUUGUCUCUGCACACACAUCAUCUUUGCUUUCACUGGCAUGACCAACAACCAGAUGACAACCAUUGAGUGGAAUGAUGAGACCCUCUAUGCCAGCAUCAAUGGCCUCAAGCACUACAACAGGGGACUGAAAACCCUGCUAUCUGGGGGCUGGAACUUUGGAACCCAAGGAUUCUCCAACAUGGUGGCCACUGCUGAGAACCACCAGACCUUCAUCCAGUCAGCCAUAUGGUUUCUGAGGAAGUACAACUUCCAUGGGCUGGACAUUGAUUGGGAGUAUUCUGGCAACUGUGGCAACCCAGCUGACACCAAGCAGCUCUUCACUGUCCUCCUGAGUCCAGUGUCCUCUGUUUCACAGGAAAUGUAUGAGGCUUUUGAGCACGAAGCCACCGAGAGCAACAAGCCUAGGUUGUUGAUUUCUGCUGCUGUGUCAGCUGGCAAAGGUACCAUUGAAACUGCCUACCAGAUCCCCGAGAUAUCAAAGUACAUGGACCUCAUCAACGUGAUGACCUAUGACCUCAGGGGCUCCUGGGAUGGCUUCACAGGAGAGGACAGCCCCCUGCUUGCAGGACCCAAUGACAAGGGAGACUACAAAUACUUCAGUGUGGAUUAUGCAAUGAACUACUGGAAGAAUCAAGGUGCCCCUGCUGAGGAGCUGAUGGUGGGCUUUGGGGCUUAUGCCAGUACCUUCACUCUCACUAACCCUGCCAGCCAUGGCCUGGAUGCUCCCACCUCUGGCCCUGGGACUGCCAGGUCCUACACUCAGGAGGCUGGGAGUCUUGCCUACUUUGAGGUCUGCUCCUUCUUGAAAGGAGCCACCGAGGUGUGGAACGCUCCCCAGAAGGUGCCCUAUGCCUACAAGGGGAAUCAGUGGAUUGGAUAUGCCAAUCCCAAGAGCUUCACCCUCAAGGGUGAGUGGCUGCUGAAGAAUAGUUGGGGGUCCAUGGUCUGGAACAUUGGCUUGGAUGACUUCACGGGCACUUUCUGUGGACAAGGCAAAUACCCUUUCAUGCAUGCCCUCAAGUCUGCACUCAGCGUCUCCACUCCCAGUUGCAGAGUGCCCACCUCUACCAUGGGCUCCCACACCAACACUGUGGCUCCCGGGAGUGGCAGCACUGGCGAGAGUGGAUUCUGUGCCGGAAAGUCCAACGGUCUCUAUCCCAGCCCCACCAGCAAGUGCACCUUCUACAACCGUGUGGAUGGAUGUACCUACGAGGAGGCUUGUCAGACAGGCCUGGUCUUUGACACCAGCUGCUCUUGCUGUAACUGGAUUUAA